AAAACUUGUUGGACAAUGACUCGUCUUUUCAUUACUCCCCACACUAUACGCCAGACGGACGUGUGUUGUAUUUUGCUUUGAUAUUCAAAGAAUUUAUAGAACAUAAAUUUGAACUUCGAUCAGUGACCAAUCAUGGUGAAGGCAAGAAAAUUCGUAGUGAAAAACUACUUCAAAGGUGUUCCCAAACGGGAAGACUUCGAAUUAGUAGAAUAUGAACUACCUCCGUUAAAAGAUGGCGAGAUUCUACUUAAGACUGAGUGGCUCAGUGUGGACCCGUAUCAACGUGCGUACAACAAGAAUAAUAAAGUACCUUACGAUCAAUUCGGAUUCCAAGUCGGUGUUGUACAGGAAAGUAAAGAUCCUAAAUUCCCUGUUGGUAGCAAAGUCGUAACGCAUAAAGGUUGGUGCGAUUAUACCAUCGCUAAAGAUGGAGUCCCUAGUGGACCUGUUGACCACGUUUAUGCUCUACCAGAUUUGAAAGGUCUUUCGCCAUCAUUAGGAGUGGGUGCUGUAGGGAUGCCGGGAGCAACCGCGUAUUUCGGUUUCCUUGAAAUCUGCAAACCAAAAGCCGGUGAAACAGUUGUAGUGACCGGAGCAGCAGGUGCUGUGGGAUCUCUUGUGGGACAAAUUGCAAAGAUUAAGGGAUGCAAAGUAAUUGGUUUUGCUGGCUCCGAUGAUAAAGUAGAAUGGUUGGAAAAAGAACUUGGAUUUGACAGAGCCUUCAAUUAUAAAACUGUGGACGUCGCUAAAGCUCUGAAAGAAGCCGCUCCUAAUGGCGUGGAUUCCUACUUCGAUAACGUCGGUGGGGAAAUAAGCAGUAUUAUUAUCAAUCAAAUGAACAAAUACGGAAGAGUAGCUGUAUGUGGUAGCAUCAGCGCAUACAAUGAGGAUGCGUCAGUGAUGCCCAAAGCGACAAUUUUACAGCCAGCAUUAGUCUUCCAGCAACUUACAGUGCGCGGAUUUCUAGUCUGGGAAUGGUACAGCAGGUGGCAAGAAGGGUUCGCUCAACUAGUAGAUUGGAUCAAGAGCGGACAGUUGAAGGCAAGGGAACAUGUGACAGAAGGCUUUGAUAACAUUUUUGAUGCAUUCAUUGGAAUGCUUGCUGGUGAAAACACAGGUAAAGCCGUUGUGAAGGCUUAACCAAGUAACCAACUAUAAUACCAGAAUAUAUCUAUAAGACUAUACAUAUUGGAGUGUCUGUUUGUAAUAUCGAUGGAGAAAAUCUAGAUUUCGAGAAGAUGGUGAUUCGCAUUGUAUUUAAAAAUUCCCAUCGAUUAAUGUAUUUAAACAUACUAUAGGAACUUUUCUGUAGUUUCUUACAAAUCGAUAAUAAGAAACGUAUCUUUGUCAAUAUUGUUGUCCAUGUUUUUACAAAUGUUUUUCGCAGGAAUGUGAUUUAUUUUUUAAAUAAAAUAAAUAAUAAUAUGAUC